UCUGAAGUGCAGCUUCUAGAAGAACUGUUUGUGCCUUCCCUUGGUCUUGACUUUGGCCUGCUGCCAGCCACGGUCAAAGACCAGGGUCUCUGGCCUUCCCAGACUGAGCAAGGGAGAGUGUUGAAUCCCCAGUGGUGUCAGUGGUUUGACGGGGGUUAGGAUGCCCAUUCUGGAACCGCCCAACAGAAGCAGACAGAAGCAGGGAUCGGCACGGCAGUGUUGACGCUCCCUGGGGCCCACCCCCCAUUCUCCAGCGCAUCGGGGUGGGGCACAGGGGCCACCACUGAAUAAUAAUGCCACCUCCUCGGGAAAUGUCACCACCUUGCAAGGAGUCAGGCCAGCGUGGUGUCUUGGUGGUCAGUGGCCGCCCACAGUGACCCACGCAGAGACGUUUGAAUGGGUUUACACGGGCCGGAGGGACUGCGCGGCCCCGGGCCCCACGGCAGGUGUGCUGGUGCACAGACUUCCAGAAGAUGGGGAGCGUCCUGCUCACUGCUCUUCUGACGUCGGUCUCAGCGCCUUGUGCCCAGGCUGUGUGGCUGGGAAGGCUGGACCCGAGGCAGCUUCUGGGGUCCUGGUACGUUCUCGCCGUGGCCUCCGGUGAGAAGGGCUUUGCGGUGGAGAAGGCCACGAAGGACAUCGAGGGUGUCGUGGUGACCCUUACUGCCGAAAACAGUCUGAAAAUGCUGUCCUCCAGGCACAGGCGAGUGAGCUUGGGCACGGUGCUGCUGUGGAGACAGAACUCUGGAUGGGUGUUUGUGAACCCCUCCCUGGGCGUGUCAGACUACUGGGUGCUGGGCACCGACUUCAGGGACUAUGCUGUCAUUUUCACCCAGCUGGAGUUCAAGGACGAGGCCUUCAACAGGGAGCUAUACAGUCGGACGGAGCUGGCCAGCCAGGAGGCCGUGUGCCUCUUCACCAGGUGGAGCAGGGGCCUGGGCUUCCUGUCCCAGCAGCAGGCCGCGCUGCAGCGGGACCUCACCUGUGCGCACAAGGCCUUCCAGGUAAGCUGGCUUCCCGAGCAUCACCCCGCGUCCUACACCCCAGUGCUCUGCAGCCAUGAGGGGCCGGGGACCCGGGUGGAGGCAGACGCCCCUCGAACCUGGGGUCCUCCAGUGCUCUUCCUGGUUUUCAGUGAAUGCUUCGCCUCCAGUGGGGACAGUGCCCACCGUGUCCAGGCGAGGCCGGCCAGGCGCUGGCAACCUGCUCAGCCACCCGGGUGCUGGGUGCUGGGUGCUGGGUGCUGGGUGCUGGGCAGGUGCUCCCAGGGAAUCUUGCUGCGUUUCCAAAUAAAGCGAUUCCACAAACCGCUAUAG